CACACCCGGCACCCUACCAUUUCGCCUCAAUGCGCGCAAGCCUCCACACGAGCUAACUUGCGAGGUUGACAACCUCCAUGGUAGGGAUGCGCUGCCAUUGGGCGCGUACAGAAUGGUCAGGGACAGGGCUCAUCUAUAACAUGCGAGCCACUGUCGUCCUGUGAAGUGCGAGUGGUUCGCUGUUCCUGACGGCCAGACCUACAGGAUUGCGCAUUCUAGAAGCGAACCAUCCGUUGCAGGACAACACACUCGUCGACAGGCUGCGACUUUAUCCGAAUGGUUCGCGCAGUCAGCCUUUCCUCUCUCAUCCUUACCUCUUCCUCCAACCUUCUUCUACUACUCUCUUCUAGUAUCUGUUAGUCUUUGCUUUUGCCUGCUUCAGGCACCACACUCUCUAUCACGCUUCUUGUCCGACUGCUUUUGAUCAUUUCGAUGAUGGGUUAUUAGCUGUACUGGUCUACAGCGUGAAAAGAAGAUGGACUACGGGAACAUGCAAGAGAAGGAAUCCAGGUCCCCAUGGCUGGCCAUCAAAUUUGGAUGCUGUGCAUCAAAAGAGGAUCUCGUGGACGAUGGGAGAAAUGCGCUUAGGGCCGCUGGGGAGACUGAUAUGCGCAUAUGCUACGAGCAACCGCGUCCCGUACCCCAACCUUGCGCGGAGCCAACACUUCAACGCCCAUCGACAAGCCAGUCGGUGAGCCGCCAUGUCUCGCAAUGGGUUUCAAACAGUCGCGAGUACGCUACACGUGCUUCGUCUCGUGCAAGCAUCUCGACCCUUGCGCGACCAAGGCGCUCCCAUUCAAGGCCUAGCAUCAGUCGCCCAACUAACUUUCGGCACUUCGAUGGUCUUGACGAUAUGCCUUCAAUGCUCGAUGAUGCUUCCAUGCCUACUCGCCGUCGUCGUAGCUUCCGUCCGCUUGAGCUAUCCAUCUACCUUCCUGACGGUUGCGGCCAUCUGUCUCCACUGCCUGACUUCGACGGUGAGGAUGCCUGGGCUAGCCUACCAUCGCAGUUGGAGCGUCCUGCUGAAGCCCAUGUCCGCGUAAGAGACUCACGUACGAGCUCUGUAUCUUCAAACCCUUCUGCCUCAUCAUUCGUCAUCCAACGUAAACCCGUUGGUGGGCCGUCGCGAAGGAGCAGUGUCCAGAGCCAGAAGAGCACCGCCACCCACGAGAGGAGACUCUCAGGAACCACCAUGGGUACCAUGGCUACGCCCACUCUAGCAUACUUGCCAGAGAACUCGCCGAUUGCCGUUGAUCAGAUGCUUGAGAAGCCCACCAUCCAGCGAUCGCGCACGUCCGGCACCUUGUCGCCUGCCCGUGUGCUUUCACGUCUCCCAUCGCCGUCGCGCAAUCGUGCCAACACUGCACCAUCUUCUCGCCCAGGAAGUCUUCGCCGUACAAAGACCGACGUAGAUGAUGCAAUUCGCGAAUUGAACACCAUCAUCGAGGAGCGCCGUGCCAGCGCCUACCGCUCGCACGCCCACUCACCCGCACUUAUCAACCGUCCCCCACCCUCUCCUUCUCACCACGUACCUUACAUCGCGCCGUCUAUGCGUAUGCACGUCCGCUCUGAGACCCUUUCAGACAUCGGCUCUGCAUUUUCAGCUCCUCUGGGCUUCAAGCCACUCGCCACCACCCCAGAAGCUACCGCACCUCGACGAGCAACGAUGGGCCUUACACUCUCCCCACCAUCCUUCGCUCACACCGGCCCCUUGACCUCGAACCCCAUCACGCCACCACCACCCGCCACACCCACCACACCCAUCGCCCGCCUAGGAGCCUGGCUCAAGCGCUCCACCUCCACCCUAGCCUCUUCCUCGCGUCCCACAACGCCAAAGACAGCAGACUCCUUCUACCAAUGCUCGCCCUAUCCCGCCCUCCCCACCUCAACCUCUCGCCCCUCAACAUCUGGCUCCCGCACCCUACACACCCGACAAGAAAGCCAGGAAAGCAACGGCACAGCCACCGUAACCCUCUUCUCUACUACAUCCUACGCUUCCACCCGCUCCACCUCGCCUACACCAACGACCCACUCUCUCGCCUCCACAGUUGCUACGUGCUCGCCGCCCCGCAAACUCCGCCGCGUACCCGCUCCUCUGACGCUCGUCAAGGAGAAGGAGAUUGCUGCCGAAGCUAGUCUCUUGAGCGCGACGACAAGGAAGAGUGUUAUCAUGAACGUCAAGCCGCCUAUGAGUCCUAACUUUGAUUUGCUCAAGGGUAUGGAGAUUAGUGCUAAGGAUGUCGGUGUUAACGGUAGAGCAAGCGCCAUGGUGAUGAGUCCUGGAGCUGUUGGUGUUGCUUUCUAAACAUCUCCCGUUAGUACGAGUCUCCUAUUAUCAUCGGUUUAUCGGGUCUGUUCAGGGGAGUUGGACAUCAGGUUUGGGAACGGAAAACGGAAUCUAGGACUGGAUGGACAUGUAUGAUUUUGGACUCGGAUUUUCUGGGAUGGACUUUUGGUUGGGUACUCUUUGAUGUUGUCAUGUCUGUUUUUUGAUAUCCCCCUCUUCUUCUUCUAGCGACUUGGGCAUAUACCCUCCGUUUCACUCUCCUGUUGCAAGCUGUCUCGCUUGUACGGGGAGGCGGAUGCCUGGGCGUGUAUUCUUAGCUUCUUAUAAUUUAUACCAUUUUUUCCA